CCGGCAAUCCAGCACUGCUUCGCGAAUUCGUUUGCAUAUAUACACGAGCAGAGUAGCUCGAGUGGAGCACGCCUCCCUCCUCCUCUCUCUAUCUAUAUAAGCAGGGUUGCUUCUGCCAUCACUCCUGCCUGUCCCUGUCCCCGGCAUUCUCCUCCUCCACAUGUAAACACCUCGGAGAAGACAAGCGACCCGAUCGAGAGCAGAGCCAGAACCGUGGAGGCAGGCGAGCAGUAGAUAUAGGGCGAGGCCGGCAGUUGGCGCGGGUUGCUGAGGAUGGUGAAGUUCUCAAGGGAGUACGAGGCCAGCAUCAUCCCCGAGUGGAAGGCCGCCUUCGUCGACUACAAGUGCCUCAAGAAGCUCGUCAAGAGGAUCAAGAUCUCCCGCCGCGACGCUGGACACCUUACUCCGCCGCCGCCGCCGGGACUCGUCGUCGAGAAGGACGGAGCUGGCAGCAUCAGCAGAUAUGGCUUCUCUGUUCUUGAUCCCGUCCGCGCUCUCGCCGCCCGCUUCGCCGCAAAGCCAGCUCGGGCUCAUGCAGCUUCACCACAGCAGCAGGAGGAGGAGAGCUCGGAAUCGGAUUCAGGGGAGCUCGUGCGAUCCACGGACAAGCAUGAGCGGGAGUUCCUGGAGCAGGCGGACGAGGAGCUGGACAAGGUGAACAAGUUCUACGCGUCGCAGGAGGCGGAGCUGCUAGCGCGGGGCGAGGCGCUCAUCGAGCAGCUCCGCAUCCUCGCCGAUGUCAAGCGCAUCCUCGCCGACCACGCGGCGGCCGCACGGCGCGGCCGCGGGCGCCUCGGCCGGACCGUUACGGCGCCGGCCUCGCACUCGCCGUCCGUGAACGGAUCCAGCGGCCGGCACCUCCUCUCCGGCCUGGCCUCGCCCCAGUCCAUGUCAGAUGGGAGCGUGGAGGCGCAGCAGGCGCGGGUGGCGGAGGGCGCGGCGGUGGCGGAGGAGGUGAUGGCGGCGCUGGAGCGGAACGGCGUGAGCUUCGUGGGCAGUGGGCUGGCCAAGGCGAAGAAGGACGGCGGCGGGAAGCAGCUGCUGGGGCGGGGCGCGCUGCUGCAACUGCCUGCGACGGUGAGGAUCGACAUCCCGCCGACGAGCCCGGGGAGGGCGGCGCUCAAGGUGUGGGAGGAGCUGGUGAACGUGCUCCGCAAGGACGGCGCCGACCCCGCCGCCGCCUUCGUCCACCGCAAGAAGGUCCAGCACGCGGAGAAGAACAUCCGCGACGCCUUCCUCGCGCUCUACCGCGGCCUCGACCUCCUCAAGAAGUUCAGCUCUCUCAAUGUAAAGGCUUUCACCAAAAUAUUGAAGAAAUUCGUCAAGGUUUCAGAGCAGCAGCGAGCCACGGACUUGUUUUUAGAGAAGGCGAAGAGUUCGCCAUUCAGCAGCUCCGACAAGGUGCUUCAGCUGGCAGACGAGGUGGAGUGCAUCUUCUUGAGGCAUUUCGCGGGCAACGACAGGAAGGUGGCCAUGAAGUACCUCAAGCCGCAGCAGCCCAGGAACACCCACAUGAUCACCUUUCUCGUAGGCCUAUUCACAGGCACAUUCGUGUCGUUAUUCAUCAUAUAUGCAAUUCUAGCCCAUGUCGCUGGCAUUUUCUCCUCUACUGGAAACACAGACUACAUGGAAAUAGUUUACCAUGUUUUCAGCAUGUUUGCACUCAUCAGUCUGCACGUCUUCCUGUACGGUUGCAACCUCUUCAUGUGGAAGAGCACCAGGAUCAACCACAACUUCAUAUUUGAUUUCUCCUCGAGCACUGCCCUGACGCACAGGGACGCCUUCCUCAUGUCCGCAUCGAUCAUGUGCACCGUCGUCGCUGCGCUGGUCAUCAACCUGUUCCUCAGGAACGCCGGCGCAACCUACGCCAAUGCAUUGCCCGGUGCACUCCUACUUCUGUCAACAGGGGUUCUGCUCUGCCCAUUCAACAUUUUCUACCGCUCGACGCGCUACUGCUUCGUGCGCGUCAUGCGCAACAUCAUAUUCUCGCCAUUCUACAAGGUUCUGAUGGCUGAUUUCUUCAUGGCUGACCAACUAACUAGCCAGAUCCCUUUAUUAAGACACCUGGAGUUCACAGCGUGCUACUUCAUGGCUGGAAGCUUUAAGACUCACGCAUACCAGACCUGUACUACCGGCCAACAAUACAGACAACUAGCCUAUGUGAUUUCGUUCCUGCCUUACUACUGGAGAGCAAUGCAGUGUUUGAGGAGGUACCUGGAGGAAGGACAUGAUAUCAAUCAACUUGCUAAUGCUGGCAAGUACGUAUCAGCGAUGGUUGCAGCUGCUGUUAGGUUCAAGUUCGCUGCAACAUCAACACCAUUCUGGGCGGGGAUGGUCAUCAUUUCAUCCUCAGGGGCCACCAUUUACCAGCUAUACUGGGACUUUGUCAUGGACUGGGGAUUUUUAAACCCCAAAUCUAAGAACUUAUGGCUCCGAGACGAACUCAUCUUGAAGAAUAAGUCGAUCUACUAUACUUCCAUGAUGCUCAACCUUGCACUGCGACUAGCCUGGGUGGAGAGUGUGAUGAAGGUCCAUGUUAAUAGGGUGGAGUCUCGCGUGCUGGAUUUCUCACUCGCUUCACUAGAAAUUAUUCGACGAGGGCAUUGGAACUUCUACAGGCUGGAGAAUGAACACUUAAACAAUGCUGGAAAGUUCAGAGCAGUGAAGACUGUCCCAUUACCAUUCCGUGAACUUGAAAUUGACUGAUAAGACAGACAAUAUCAAGGGAAAUUAGGGUCAGAGUUCCAAGAACGGAUACACUGCCCCUGGGAAUGCUUCCGCUAAAUUUUGUGUUUAAGUGGUAAUAAAGCAACCAGAGAGCAAAACUGCACAAGACCAAGAUGUUGCAGACUUUUAAGAUGGAAUAAGCUCAAACGGUGGACGGUAUCGAGUUCGCUGGGGCACAGCAAAAUGAGGCAUUCUGGUCAGGAAAGAUUGGAUAGACUCCUUAUUGGUCGAUUGAAGAUUGUUGCAUGUUAAUCGACUAACAAGAUGUAACUUUGUUGAUGACUAAGUUGUGUAUGUAUCUAGGAAUUGAUGCCAGAAAAAACAUUGCAUGAAA